GUCCUCGUUUAUUGAUCUCUAUAGCGCACCUCACGUAGCUAGUGUUACUGUGUAUGCAAUUGCGUAGUGGUCGUGUUACUGCGUCUAGUGCUAGUACAUUUGCCAUGGACCCUUCCCACAUUGAAGCUGUCACCCGACAGUUGGCACAAUUACAGAAUCAAUUAACGGCUGUCCAAACUAAGAUAGCCGCUACUCGUGAAGAAAAUAGAGCCCUAUCCGUUAGGUUGAACACUCUUGACCCAAUCCAAUACUCAACUGAAGCUGAAAACUCUAACGCUUCCAUUAAUAGACCUCACCGUCGUCCACAAUGUGGUCGACACCACGCUAGACAUGAUCGUAGGGAGGGAAAUCAAGCUCGUGGACGCGAGCGGGAAUAUCACCGUCAUGGUACACUAUCUCCCCCUCGCCACGAUGAGCGCCUCUUUCGAAAUAUUAAGUUAGAUGCCCCUACAUUUGAUGGUUGUCUAGAUCCUAGUGUAUUCAAUCAAUGGGUUAGAGAUAUGGAUCGCUUCUUUACCUGGUAUGGGUCCUUGAAGAUCGGAGGGUACAAUUUGCCAGUUUGAAAUUAAC